AUGUUUCUACAACAGCUUCGCUGGGUGGCCCAAGCAAUCGCAAGCUGUGACCUCGAAAUAAAGUUGGCCAAUGGAAAAGUUACUGAGUCAUCCAGUUGGUACGGGGGUGACUAUAUCGAGUUCGAGUGCGAUCGGGGAUAUAUCAUGCAGGGCAAAACUUGGCACCUCGGCAGCGGAAACAUUCUGAAGAGAUUCUGUGCCAAGGCGGGAUGCGAAGGUUUUGAAAAACCGGAGAACGGAAAGAUAUCCACCGCUCCAGGAGGCUUAAAGGCAGUCAUCACUUGCGAUGAGAAUUUUAUUCUCAGUGGAAAUUCGGUGACAUACUGCAAUGGAUCGCAGUGGAUCCUUCCGUUGGGAACCUGCCAGAUGCAAAAUCAUACGGGUGACUAUUCCUGCGACUUCGAGAGGGAGGAUCUGUGCGGUUGGAAGGCCAGCAAGGCCAUACCACAACCAUGGCAGCGGAUCAGGGCUGCAGCUGAUUUCCAAAAGAAGAAUUGCCUCCAACAGGAUCACACCUUCCAGAGCGACGUCCAAGGACACUUUAUCCGCCUGCAAUCGCAGGUGCAUGCCUUCAGGACCUACCACUUCAUGUCGCCGAUCUUUCCCAGGAACCUCACCUCGGGCCACUCCUUGCGGUUUCAGUUCCAACUCUAUAUGUUCGGAACGGGAGUGAAGAACCUUACGGUCUCAGUGAAGCCCGGUUCAAUGCCAGCCGAAGAUAUGUGGAAGACUUUCAGGGCAGACACCACCAAGCUCAUUGUAUCUGGCAAUCAAGGCGCCAACUGGCAAAGCCAUUCAAUCCACAUUAGUGAGAUGGAAACUGACUUUCAGGUGGUCUUCACGGUCGCGGAUCCCAGUUCUCUAGGUGGAGACAUUGGCAUCGACGAUGUGAAAUUUACCAAUGAGAGAGUUUGA